ACCAGUGACAUUUUUCCUGGAAGUCCUUCUGGCUUUCCUUCCCAAUGCUGAUACAAGUGUCCAGSCUGUCCUCGCUCGACCGAGCCACCCACGCAGAAUUGGUGGCUUUUUUUGUGCUACUGUCGGAGAUGUGUCAGGAACGCUCCUUURUUCAGUCAAACUCCCUCCCCCUCCGUGAGCCUGCCUGGCCUYCAUCCCUUGGAUUGGAUCAGCUGGAGAAAGGAGGUGCCCUCGGCUCGAGGGAGGAGCCCGAGUUCGUGACCGCUCGCGCUGGCGAGAGCGUGAUCCUGCCAUGCGACGUGAUCCACCCGCUGACGGGACAGCCCCCUCCCUAUGUCGUGGAGUGGUUCAAGUUCGGCGUCCCCAUCCCCAUCUUCAUCAAGUUUGGGUUUUACCCUCCCCAUGUCGACCCAGGGUAUGCCGGCCGGGCCAGCCUGCACGACAAAGCCUCCCUGCGCAUUGAGCAGGUGCGCUCCGAGGACCAGGGCUGGUACGAGUGCAAAGUGCUCAUGCUGGACCAGCAGUACGACACCUUCCACAACGGCAGCUGGGUCCACCUCACGGUCAAUGCUCCCCCCACGUUCACCGAGACCCCGCCGCAGUACGUAGAGGCCAAGGAGGGCAGCAGCAUCACCCUGACCUGCAUGGCGUUCGGGAACCCCAAGCCCAUCGUCACCUGGCUCAGAGAGGGAGACCUUUUGGGUCCCAAUGGCAAGUACCAGGUGAGCGACGGGAGCCUCACGGUGCUCUCGGUCAGCCGGGAGGACAGAGGUGCCUACACCUGCCGGGCUUACAGCAUCCAGGGGGAGGCUGUGCACACCACGCGCCUGCUCGUCCAAGGACCCCCCUUUAUCGUCUCCCCUCCGGAGAACAUCACAGUCAACAUCUCCCAGGAUGCGCUSUUCACCUGCCAGGCCGAGGCGUAUCCUGGGAACCUCACCUACCUGUGGUACUGGGAGGAGGAGAACGUCUACUUCAAGAACGACUUGAAGCUGAGGGUGCGGAUCCUGAUUGACGGGACGCUGAUCAUUUUCCGUGUCAAGCCAGAGGAUGCUGGAAAAUACACCUGCAUCCCCAGCAACAGCCUGGGCCGCUCGCCAUCAGCCUCUGCCUACCUGACCGUGCAGUAUCCUGCCCGCGUGGUGAACAUGCCCCCCAUCAUCUACGUUCCCAUCGGGAUCCACGGGUACAUCCGCUGCCCGGUCGAGGCGGAGCCCCCGGUCACGCUGGUCAAGUGGAACAAGGACGGGCGUCCCCUGCGAAUCGAGAAGUACGCCGGCUGGAACCUGCUGGAAGACGGGUCGAUCCGGAUCGAGGAGGCCACUGAAGAUGCUCUCGGCACUUACACCUGCGUGCCUUAUAACGCCCUGGGUACGAUGGGCCAGUCUCCCCCUGCCCGACUGGUACUGAAGGACCCCCCCUAUUUCACGGUGCUACCAGGCUGGGAGUACAGACAGGAGGCAGGGAGGGAGCUGUUGAUUCCUUGCGCUGCUGCCGGAGACCCCUUUCCCAUCAUCGCCUGGAGAAAGGUCCUCUCGGAAACGGGGGAACCGUCUGCCUUGCCACGACCGGAGAGACCGGAUCCCCUGCCGGUGGCCGGCGGUGUCCCCUGGGCCGCGCAGGUAGGGAAGCCCAGCAGGAGCAAGCACAACACGCUGCCCGGCGGGACCCUGCAGAUCCGCUCCCUCGGCAAGGACGACCACGGCGAGUGGGAGUGCGUCGCCACCAACAUCGUCGCAAGCAUUACUGCCAGCACCCACCUGACCGUCGUAGGGACAAGCCCUCAUGCCCCGACCAGCGUGCACGUCGUGGCCGCCAUGACCUCAGCCAACGUGUCCUGGGAGCCCGGCUACGACGGUGGAUACGAGCAGACUUUCUCAGUUUGGUACGGCCCUCUGAUGAAGAGAGCCCAGUUUGGACCCCAUGACUGGCUGUCUCUCCCCGUGCCAGCUGGUUCCAGUUGGCUGCUGGUGGAUACCUUGGAACCAGAGACUGCUUACCAGUUCAGUGUCUUGGCUCAAAACAAGCUGGGCACCAGCUCCUUCAGUGAGGUGGUCACUGUGAACACUCUAGCAUUCCCUGUAACAACUCCAGAGCCUCUGGUGUUGGUUACCCCACCGAGGUGCCUAACAGCCAACCGGACACAGCAAGGCGUCCUCCUGUCGUGGCUCCCUCCCGCUAACCACAGCUUCCCCAUCGACCGCUACAUCAUGGAAUUCCGCGUGGCAGAGAAGUGGGAGAUCCUGGAUGAUGGCAUCCCGGGCUCUGAGAGCGAGUUCUUUGCCAAGGACUUGUCCCAGGACACCUGGUACGAGUUCCGCGUGCUGGCGGUCAUGCAGGAUCUCAUCAGCGAACCCAGCAACGUCGCUGGCGUGUCCAGUACAGACGUUUUCCCUCAGCCUGACCUGACGGACGAGGGCCUAGCCCGCCCGGUGCUGGCUGGCAUCGUUGCCACCAUCUGCUUCCUGGCUGCUGCCAUCCUCUUCAGCACACUCGCCGCCUGCUUCGUCAACAAGCAACGCAAACGCAAGCUCAAGCGCAAGAAAGACCCUCCUCUCUCGAUAACCCACUGCAGGAAGAGUUUGGAGUCCCCGUUGUCUUCCGGCAAGGUGAGUCCCGAGAGCAUCCGCACGCUCCGUCCCCCCUCGGAGUCYUCUGACGACCAGGGCCCGCAGGCCAAGCGGAUGCUGAGCCCCACCAAGGAGAAGGAGCUCUCCCUUUACAAGAAGACCAAACGAGCCAUCAGCAGCAAGAAGUACAGCGUCUCCAAGGCGGAGGCCGAAGCCGAGGCCACCACCCCGAUCGAGCUCAUCAGCCGCGGGCCGGACGGACGCUUCGUCAUGGACCCRGCGGAGAUGGAGCCGUCCCUGAAGACACGGCGGAUCGAGGGCUUCCCCUUCGUGGAGGAGACGGACAUGUACCCCGAGUUCAGGCAGUCGGACGAGGAGAACGACGACCCCGUCGUCCCCGCCUCCGUGACCGCCCUGAAAGCCCAGCUCACCCCUCUGUCCUCCAGCCAGGAGUCCUACCUUCAGCCACCAGCAUACAGCCCCCGGUUCCACCGGGCGCUGGAGGGUCCCGGCACCCUGCAGGCCACUGGCCAGGCCCGCCCGCCGGCCCCCCGGGCUUUCCACCACCAGUUUUACGGUUACCUCAGCAGCAGCAGCCCCGGGGAGGUGGACCCGCCGCCCUUCUACAUGCCAGAAGUCAGCCCGCUGAGCUCGGUCAUGUCCUCCCCGCCGCUGCCCCCCGAGGGGCCCUUCGGACACCCCACCAUCCCCGAGGAGAACGGGGAGAAYGCCUCCAACAGCACGCUGCCCCUGGCCCAGACCCCCACGGGGGGCCGGUCCCCCGAGCCCUGGGGCAGGGCCGAGUUCCCCUUCGGCAGCCUGGAGCUGGCCCCCGCGCCGUUCCCCCACCAGCUCCAGCCCUGCGAGGCGGCCGAGGGCUCCCAGCCCACGGGCUGCCUUCCUCGGGGGCCGCCCCCCUCCUCCCUCCAGGUGGUCCCCGCGUCCUACUCGGGCAUCCUGCCCCUGGAGGCACCAAAGAGCUGGACCGGCAAGUCACCGGGCAGGGGUCAGUCCUCCGUGCCCGCUACCACCAAGUGGCAGGACAAACCUAUGCAACCCAUGGGAUGUCAAGGGCAGCUAAGACAUACCAGCCAAGGUAUGGGCAUACCCGUGUUGCCUUACCACGAACCGUCCGAGCCCGUCGGCCCCAGCGGCACAAGCACAUUCAGCCUGGACACCAGGUGGUACGAGCCCCAACCCCGACCUCGGCCCAGCCCUCGGCAGGUCAGGAGGGCUGAGCCCAGUUUACAUCAGGUGGUGCUACAACCUUCAAGGCUUUCUCCUCUGACCCAAAGUCCCCUGAGCUCCCGCAACAGCUCCCCGGAGCUGACCGCCCGCGCCCGGCCCCGCCCGGGGCUCAUCCAGCAGGCGGAGGUGUCGGAGAUCACGCUGCAGCCGCCCGCGGCCGUCAGCUUCUCCCGCAAAUCCACGCCGUCCUCCACGGGAUCUCCGGCGCCGAGCAGCCGGGGGGACAGCCCCAGCUUCCGACCGACCACCGCCUUCACCCCCGUGGGCACCGGCUUCUCCAACUCCCAGGGCUCCUCCCUGCCCGUGGACACCAUGGAUGUUUUCGGAGACAUCCCCUCUCCGAGGAGGGCUGGCGAGGAGAUUCUCCAACCGGAGCCGACAUCCACCACCACGGUAGCCGCCACGGGAAAACGUCCAUCUCCGCCCGGGGACGCUGCUGCACCUGAGAGGCUCGAAGCUCUGAAAUACCAGCGGAUAAAGAAGCCCAAAAAGUCAUCCACAGGCUCCUCGAAAUCCAGAAAACAACCCAACGGCUCUGCCUCCCAGGUUCAGCACCCUCCCAGCUCUCAGGUACUGUGGCCUGACGAAGCUGUCUGCCUCCGCAAGAAGAAGAGACACCCUCGUCAGGACCCCUUCGCCCGGCUCUCCGCGCUCAAGGACGACCUCUGCCACCGGCAGCUCCCUGAAGACCAGACAGCCAUUCUCAACAGCGUGGACCACGAUGACACCAGCGGGCACGCCACCCUGCUCUAGCCUAGCGCCGGUCCYGGGAGGUUGAACGGGAGCGGUGGAGGGAGCUGGUGUCACACCGCGGGGGGACGGAGGUGACGGGAAGGAGGGGGGGACACCCCCCUAUGCUGGCUCCUCUCCGAGGGCUUUGGCAGCUCACGGCGGGGAUGAGCUGGGGGGGCCCAGGGGAUGCUUUGGGGAGGAGGCUUCGGGCUGGGUGUUCCUCAAAUCCACUUCUCCCCUACCCCAAACAGCUUGAGUGGGGUGGGAAGGGAGGGGUGUUGCACCUUGGUUUGGGAAAAGAUCUCUAAGGCUUCAAAGGCAUGGAUGAGCUUUUGACAUCUGCGUUCGCAGCGYGCGUUUAGGGGAAAGUGUGGGAUUGAGCAGCUGGCCCUCAAUCGCCGGAAGGAAUUGAAUGACACAGGGUGUAAUUAAGUGACAAGAACCUGACAACCCAGGCGGGAACUGGUAAUCCCCUGAAUCUGAUUAUGAUCAAAACAUGACCAAAUAAUCCCAGGAAAGCUGUAAUUGUGAGAAUCUCCCCGCCUCCCCCUCCCCAGCCUCCUUUGAUGUGAAGGUAAAAGCAGCAAAACCAUCCGUGACACCUUUCCUUACCUAUCUCUGAAAGGGAAAAAAACAGCCAGAAAGACCCCGAGCCUCGGAAUCAAUGUGAGAAAUCACCGUUUGUCAGUUUGGGAAUGCUUUGGGGGCCUCGGUGCCGUGCGAGCGUGCAGGUACGGGGCUGACRCGAUCCGAGGGCGUUUCCCCCUCCGGGUGUGGCGUGCGCCAGCUUUGAUGAUGAUGAGGGCGGGUUUGUUUAAUCCCACCCGACGCUCUGUAUCACAGRCAAGCGUUCCUGGGUGCCGCGGGGUGAUGUUAUUUCUCACUGUGUGAUGUUCAAUCUCUACUGAUAACGGCAGCGCGGGGAGGUGCAGGUGUGUGAACGAAGGGGCUUUGGCUGCGCKGUCCCCACGGCCUCCAUCGGCAGGUGCUGAGCCCUGGAGAGCAGCUGGAAGUGCCCAGCUCUGCGGAUGGACGUGGAYGGCUCCUCGGAGCGGCCGUGCAAAGCUAAGCCCAGCGUUUCGCGCCAGUGUGAAAUACGUUGCUGCYGGUUUCACCGUUUUCCCCCUUUUUCUUCCUUCUCCAGCCCGGCUGUGUCGGCUCUGACACCCACCGGGGCUGUGUCACUCCCUUUGCCCCCUGUUUUCCUCAGUAAUGCUGUUCUAACUCUUCACCAGAAUGUAUUUCCUCUUCAGAGUAGGGUAGGUUUGGUGKCUGGUGGUUUUCUGGAUUGCAUAGGCCUUUUUUUUGGUUUGUUUUUAGCGGGCAAGGUGUAACCCGAGAACAGCCGGGCUCACUUUCCUGCUCUGCCUCCACUCUCUGACUGCGUGGCCUUGGGCAAGUCACUUGACCUCUCUGUGCCUCAGUUCUCCCAUCUGUAAAAUGGGGAUAAGUCAUAUUUGAGCACUUUGGACAAGCACUUGGUGGCCUACAGACUGCAAGUGCUAUGUGAAUGCUUAGUGCUAAUACCAAGCAAUCCCUACCUUUAAAAUAUUUAGGGUUGGUUUUUUGGUUUUGGUUCUUUUUUUUUUUUUAAGUUUGAAGUGGUAAAAUCAACCACUGCAUCCAGGUUUGCACAGUUCUUCCUCUGCGGUAAAGUGCUAAACCCUUCAGCCUGCCUGGGAAUAAAACACCGAGUGUUUCAUGUAGAUAUUCUUGCUUUGAAUGGAUCCAGGCUGUAAAAAAUGUGUCAGGAGAGCUGGAGAGCCUGCAGGCAUGUUUUUAGCCCCAGGCUCUCUGUUUGCAUAUGAAACUUUUGUUUAUUCCCAGGUAGAAUUGCCAAGAGAUUCUCUGCAAUCUCGCCUUUAAUUCUGCUUUGCCUUGGUUUUUGCUCUUGCUGCUGGUUGAACCUCCAAGGGCUGAGAUGUUUGGAGAAAGACGUGAGCUCUCGGUUGUGAUCCGGCUCUCCGACCCCGCCACGCUCCCCGGGGAGCCUUUAGGUCUGAGCCUGUUUAUCGCUCUGCCUCAAAAUACCUGUUUUUUUUAGAGGUUUGUGCUUCCUCUCCCAGCAGGAUGCUCGGGAACCCACGACCACCAAAAGCAGAGCACCGUGUCUUUUCCAAUCUCCAGGCCCUAAGUAAGGUUUGAACCACUGGACAAUGAAUCCUCUAAAUCGAUAAUGGGAUUUUUCUGAGCUUUAACAACUUCGUGUAGGUGGUCUCAAACCAUCAGCAGGUUUGUCUCGGGAAGGAGGGAGGGUCUGGCAGAAAUGCCCCUCUCUUUCCARCCUGCACCAGGGCUUUUUAUUGACGUGACGAGUGACCUGACGUAAGAACCUCAACUCUCAGAGUGAGAACUCAACCUUGCUAACAGUAUGACUGCGAAUUUCUUUUGUUUGAGUGUGUUUUUAGGGUCUUUCCCCUAGAACCUGCUCAGAUCUGAAUUGAUUUAAUGCCAUUCUCCCGCUCGGCAGCGGGGAAAACUCUGCCUGGCUCGGCCAACUUCAGCUCGCCGGUCACUCCAGCCGGGCUGCUCCUGACGGACAGGUGACCCUCGGAGCUGGGGAGGAGUGAAGGCUCUGUGCUGCCUGUGCCGUGGCCAACUUGCUCUUCCUUUCACUCUCGUUGCCUCGACCUCUCCRACAGAGGGUUGCUUUUCCAUUCGAGUGCUUUCCUAACGAUUUACGACACCCAUUCAGAUGGGCCAGGCGCUGUCUUCAGGCUCUUGAGGUUGCUACCUCGGGACUGUGCCCCAUCCCAUCUCAAGGAGCUCUAGAGGACUUGGAGUGCAGGGAAGGUUGACGGAGCAUGCCAGCUUGCUGGGUCAGUCUUUUGAGAGUUGUUUUCCUUUUGCAGGUGUUUUGAGCCACUGGGCUUUUCAUGGUCUUCGACCUUUAGAGGCUGGAGCUGCAGCCCUCUCUCUUUCAGCCGUGUACCUGCCACGCUGCUGGAGUGGGAAAUCCCGCCCGGGCGCCUCGUGGAAGCAGCUCUUCCCUAAAAAAACAUCCUUAACUCCUUUCCCUGCUAGACCGAGUUACCUUCYGAUAGACUCGGGCCAUGCUUUGGCUGACUGGCUCGCCUCUUGCUUUGGCAACCUCCUCGCUUCUCCCAGCCCUCUGGUUUCCAUGCCCUUCAGGGUCGCUCCUCUCUCCUCUCAUGGACCUGGAACAUCGAAGCCGUGCCAGACGAUGCCAAACGCUUCCCCCAUUUCACCCCCGUUUGAACUCCUCCGUGUCGCUUUGGUGGUUUGCAAACACAGCUGCUGCUGCUGCUGCUGCUGCUGCUUCUUCAUUUUUUUAUUAUUUUUUUUUUUAUUUCUUUCUUUCAUGCUGCAAAAUAUAUCUUGAUUUUUAUCUUCCUGG